AAAGCGAAAAGCAAAGAACACAAUGUUCGAUUCGUUUCGGUACCCGGAGGCGGUGUGUCGAAAGCGGUCUACUUCCCAAUCGUACCGACCAGGAUUGGCGAUGUAAUGCUUUCAGCCGUGGCACAGUCGGCAAAAGCAGGUGAUGCUGUGGAGCAAAUCCUUCGAGUGGAGUCAGAAGGAUAUCGAGUAGAGAGAAAUGUUCCACUGGUCAUCGAUUUAACAGGCAAAGAUGCAGGGAAUAGCAGCGAUAGGUUCAAGAAGCAAGUGAAAAUGCACUUUCCCGUGGAUGCUGUGGAAGGUUCCAGGAGGGCACGAGUGGAUAUCAUUGGUAUUGCUACUAUUUUGCUUUGA